AUGAGCGGGUAUGAGAGCUGUAGGAAGGAACAGCUGGAGAGAGAUUCUCCAUGUGAAGCUGAACUUCAGGAGUUAAUGCAUCAAAUUGAUAUCAUGGUAAACAGCAAGAAAAUGGAAUGGGAAAGGAAGAUGCGAGCUUUGGAGGCAAAGAUGGAUAUCCGCGAUCAAGAAUUAGCAAAUGCCCAAAGUAAAUUGGAUCAAAAAGGUCAAGAGGUGGGACUACUUCAACAGAAGCUGGAAAACUUACAGAAAACUAAAUCAGAAAUGGUUCAGAAUUAUGAGGUCCAGCUUCAAGCAUUGAAAUCUCAAUUCUUGAAGUUGAUACRUAGUUAUGAAAAGCUACAGUUACACCAGUUAAAACAAAAAAAGGUUCAAAGUGGAGAGAAASGUGUGGAAGGCCUUGAGAUGCCAUUCGAACUGAGCAAUGUAACCAAAAAACUGGAGGAAUUUGAAGCAAAAUCGAGAGAAUGGGAUAAAAAGGGGACAAUCUAUCAAAAUCAUCUAAUUUAUUUAGAUGCUCAACAAAAAUUACUGUCAGAGAAAUGUAAUUUAUUUCAGAAACAGACCCAGAAUUAUCAAUUCCAAAUAAGCAGUAAAAAACAAAACCAGGAAGAUGUAAUUACCUCCAUCCAGCCCAGAAGUGAAAAGGAUGAAUUAAUUAUUGAAAAGCUAAAGGCAACUGUGAAUGAAAUAGCAAUAAACAGGAAUAAGCUUGAAGAGGAAAACCUAAGACUCCAGGAGGAUCUAAAAAUAUACCAAAAACAGUGCCAGAACAUGGAGGCAGGCUUUUCAGAGAUGAAAAAUGAGCUGCAAUCACGGGAUGCUCUCUGGAGAGGGAUACAGCUGGAAUGCCAACAGCUGCACACAGAAUUAUUGAAGAUCAGACAGCAAAAAGAUAUGCACGAAAUUCAAAUAAAGCAUCAAUCAUCUUGUGCACAACUUACUAAGCAACUAGAAAAUCAAAAUGGGGAGAUUUUAGCAUUGGCAGAAAGUCAAGAAAGCCAACAAGAAGAGCAAAACAAGAUAAGAGACCAUCUUUAUCAAGAGGAGCAGUCCCAUUGCUCUGAGCAGGAAAGAAUGAGGACAGAAAUCUCUGACCUGACAGAAGAGCUUCAUCAGAAGGAGAUCACUAUAGCAACUAUCAUGGAGAAAGCUAGUCUUCUGGAAAGACAGUUAAAAAUGGAGUUAGAGAUAAAAGACAAAUUGUUAGCAAAACAACAGUUGUUGGAUUUCAGAUACAAAGCUGUCAAAURUGAAAACACACAUCUAAAAGAGAUGAUGGAAAACCAGGAGUGUAAAAGAUACACGAGUAUAGAUUUAUCUAAUCAAAAGCAUGGAAGCUACACAGCUCCCCUUUACAAACUGGGACAUGAGAAUGUAAGAUUGCGAAAUAGUCUCAUUAAACUACGAAAUAACACAGAAGCAUCAAGACUGGAUGCCGUGGAUACUUGUAAGGAAACAGAGCACAGCUACCAGGCUCAUUCAAAGAUGCAAGAAAAGGAAGACAGAACUUUCCAAAAUGAAGAUGAAUGGCAAAUGAGACCUCAACAAACUGCUAUGUUCACAGCCGAUAGAUACCACAGGGACUGUAGUCCCACUUUGUAUGGCCAAGGUGAUAUCAUUGGUUCCAAAUGUGGCAGCACUUCUCAUAAACUUGAUAGAGGGCAUGAGCAGGAUCUGGAUGGAAAAUCUCCAUCCCCACCAAAGGGAUAUCCUUUGUGCUCCGAUGGGCUGCCUUCUGAAGAAGGUAGAACAGGCAUUUUGCUGGGCUGUACUUACAGCACAGAAGAGAUCAACUUACCAUCUCCUCCUGACAUGUCCCUCCUGGCAACAACAGAAAAGUUCCUCCAAGAGGAAGAGAAGCACACCAAAGAAUUUGAAGAGCGUUUAAACUCACACAUUGAAGAACUGCAAAGACAUUCUGAAAAUACUCUAAGAAAAUAUGCCAGGUUAAAGCAAAACAGACACAUUUGA